CCUGCUAAUUAAGGCCCACAAAAUUCUGCUGAUUGGGCUCCCCGCUCGAUCCAAACCCUCUCGCUCCCGUUGGCGGUGUGCGGCGAGGUGACCACGGCGGCGGAAGAAUGGCGAAAGGCAGCGGGCUGAUCUGGGCGACGGCGGAGGAUCUGGCGCGGAAUAGGCCGGUGGUGCUGUCGCUGUACAGGCAGAUUCUGCGGGCCCUCAACUCGCCGGAGCUGCCGCUUGGGCACGCGGCGCGGCUGGCCAAGAAGGCCGAGUGCCGGGCCAUCUUCAUCUUCGGCGCCGAGGAGAGGUCGCUCCACAACAUCCGUGACCUCGUCGAGGCUGCGCGACACACGCUUGGGCUGCUCAACCGUGGCCGCCUCCCGUAGAGAGGAACGAGGAAUCUAUCUGUAAGAUUUGGUUCUGGUGCGUGCCGAUGAAUGGCUAAAUUGAUCUGUUCUAGUAUAAGCUACUAUCAAUAUACUGUACACUUGCUAAUUAAAAGAAAGAAGUUUUAUGUAUGAAUGAACUGCAACUUGAGUCAUUGAAAAGUUGUUGCUGGUCUUCUUUAGUUUGAGUUAGGGGAUGCGUCAUGCGUGGUUUUGAAGGUGUUCUGCUUGCAAUAUUACAUCAUAAUCUGUGACU